CGCGUGCGCACUGGGUACGCAGUCUGUACGUACGUAAGCGCGCGGCGCGAAACGGUGCGGAAGCUACCGUGCCGGUAUCGGCACGUGGGCUCCGGCGAGAUGGAGGGGGCGAUACAGGCUGACGCCAAGGUCUGCAGUGAGGCUGGAACAGAGUCCAGCCCUCGAGGCCCCGGCUGUAGCCUCCGGCACUUUGCUUGUGAACAGAACCUGCUGUCUCGGCCGGAUGGCUCUGCUUCUUUUCUGCAAGGUGAUACCUCUGUCCUGGCGGGUGUGUAUGGGCCAGCCGAGGUGAAGGUCAGCAAAGAGAUCUUCAACAAGGCCACGCUCGAAGUGAUCCUGAGACCAAAGAUCGGGUUGCCUGGUGUAGCAGAGAAGAGCCGGGAGCGGUUGAUCAGGAACACAUGCGAGGCGGUGGUGCUAGGAGCACUGCAUCCACGCACCUCCAUCACGGUGGUGCUCCAGGUAGUCAGCGAUGCAGGCUCCCUCCUGGCCUGUUGCCUGAAUGCUGCCUGCAUGGCAUUGGUGGAUGCAGGUGUGCCCAUGCGAGCCCUGUUCUGCGGGGUCACCUGUGCCCUGGACUCUGAUGGGAUCCUGGUGCUGGACCCCACAGCCAAGCAAGAAAAGGAGGCGCGAGCAGUCCUGACCUUUGCUCUAGACAGUGUGGAACGGAAGCUACUGAUGUCCACCACCAAGGGGCUCUACUCUGAUGCCGAGCUCCAGCAGUGCCUGGCUGCCGCCCAGGCCGCCUCACAGCACGUCUUCCGCUUCUACCGGGAAUCGCUGCAGAGGCGCUACUCCAAGAGCUGAGGCCAGCCCCACAGGGCGCCCUUCCCACCGCCACCAUCUUUAGGCUGGAGAAAGCCAGUGCCCAGCCUCCCCUCUCUGUCCAGGGUGCCUGUGUGGCCUUCAGCACCACAGCUGCAGGGCUUCUAUUGAGGUGGGAGGGGCUUGGCCCCUGACAGUCGGCCUAGGUUAUAGACCCCUCCUCCCAAGGACAGCAUUAAAAGGAGUCCCCCGUGUUGA